UGUAUCCGUGCAACCAGCAAGGAAAAUGUCGGAAUCGCUCAGACGACUCGUGAAUAUUGGUUCUUUUAGAAUCUUACAAGACAAGCUUGACAGAUGGUAUGAUGACUAUAAUAUCAACACCUGUGACCAGAAUGUUGCGGCAUGCUGUGAGAUAGUGGAACUGAACUCUAAAGUUCAGGGUCAGCUGUUUAAAAUACUCAGUCUGACAGCCUCUGAGGGUGGUACCUACGCUGGGGCUGAUAUCAUAAAGUACCGACUGUUGCCAUGGCUGGGACAGAACUUUUUCACCUCUGGCAGCAGUUACAGCAGCGAUUCCCUGGCAGAGACGGCUGCCAAGAAUCGCGAGCUGGAUCAGCUGCAGGAAAUGUAUGAGAACUCAUUACAGCGUGUGGAGGAGGAGCUUAAGCUAGCGAGGGCAGAGGUGGAGGAUCUGAAAGAUGAGUUAGCUGAUGCCAAUGAUGAACUGAUCAAGCUGCGUGCAUUGACUGGCAGGGUCGACACUUACAAGUCACAAAUCCGCAGCUUGAAGGAUGACCUCUUGGUUAAUUCCUUUUCCUCCUCCAAGCUGAGCCGAGACAACUCGUACCAUUACGCCUCACGCUCCUCAUCUGUACUCUCAUUGGAUGAUCCUGUACAGAGAGUUCGUCAGCAUAACCUUAUCUCCCGUUUCAACGACAUGUUUGCUCAGGACCGGCUGGAUGCCAUGGAUACCCUGAGGCGGUACUCAGAUGAUCAUGAGAACAACCAAAGAAUUCUCUUCUCUGCAAUUUAUGAGGCAUUCAGCGUGGCAAAGCUUGCAUUCCGUCAGUUUAAGAUGAAGGUGCGAGCUAACUUAGCAGCCACUCACAUAGGGCCUGAGACCCUGGAGGAAGCCGUACAAGACUACAUAAACCGUAACACUGACCUCUACGACCUUCCAGGAAUGGUCUCGGAUGUGAUUCGCAGCCUCAACCGUAACAUCAAGAUCUUCUUGCCACUGGACACAAGCUUUGCUAUCAUCCAGCCAUACAUCCGUGAGGCGUGUAAGCUGGCCUGGCAGAUGAGUGCCCUGGCUCACCCAUUAGACAUCAAGGUUGCCUCUGAUGCAGAACUCUAUGAUGAUAUGAGCUACCGUCGCAGCUACGACUCUGAGUACACUGCCCCACUGGUGAACCAUCAUGUCUGGCCGUGCCUGGUCCAGGGGAGUAAAGUUCUGAUGAAGGGAGAGGCUGUCACCCGCAGGGGAGCCUCGUUGGGAUCCUCCAGACGCCCCCGUAGCCCCACCUCCUUCGACAGCCCAUCCCGCAGCCGCUCCAUGAGUCGCGGACGCUCCGCCAGCCCUUCUGCACGCAGUCGCUCUUUGAGUCCACGCAGAUCCACCAGCCCUUUCCGACGAUAAACCACUUCCGGCUUUCAAACACAUGAACAAUGUGAAGAAUUGAAAAAUGAAAUUCUUUUCUAUGCACUGCUUUGUAUUAAUUCUGUUUUUUAGUGAUAUAGUUAUUUUACUGCUGACUAAAUUGGUAAGUACAUGUGAACUCUACUUCUUCUUUUACUUAUCCGGUGGUCUCAUCAACAACCCGUUAAGCUUCUGUUCUUCAUACUCAAGACUUCAGUUUACAAUUUUAGGGAAACUUACUAACUAAUAAUUGUAAUAUUUUUGUUUUUAUAUCUGUGAUAGUAGAAAAUAUAUUCUACGGGAUUCUUAGACAAGUUAAUUAAAUGCAUUAAUUUUCCUGCAAAACAGCACACGUUUGCGAUGAUUUGAAUAGAGAGUCUCUUCAAACAUUCCCAAUGUGUUUUUCGUUAUUUUUGGAGAUGUUUUGUAACGAGAUGAUCUGACUUUGUCAGUUUAAAUUUAAAAACUGACGGAGAAAGGACAAAUACAACAGAUCUAUCAUUAUAUAUCUAAGGUGUAUUGGACCAAGACCAAAUGUUCCAAACCAUGUACAUCACAUAAGUAUUCUUCCCUUUUAUCAAAUUUUUUGCAGUAUUAAGAAAUUUUUUUUUUCAUUUUGUUGAGUGAUUGUUUCUGCAGCAUUUACAUAUGUCGGUGAUAUGUACGUACUUAUUAACCUAAUCUUUUAAACCAUAUUACAAGUUGGUGAAGAAAAAACAACAGAAACAUGUAUGUGUUUUAUAUAAAAAAAAUUCAAAACUUAUAUACUUUAUGUAAGCAUUACAAAUAUAAAUAGAUUGGUUUUAUUUAUGUAUGUAAGAUUUAUGUAUUCGUAGGAGACUUGAUUUGUCGUUAGAACAACAUUUGUAUACUCCCUGAAGAAAAUAAAACCGAUAGUGU